ACGAUAGCACAGUGCCUUUGAGGGCACGAAAGUGGUUACAGAUUAACAGGAUUUAUCGCAUUUUCCUAUGAUAAAGUUAGUCCAUGGUCGCCACCGGUAGGACACUGCAGGUACCAUAAUGGCUCCAGUAGUGAAGCUGGCGGCGAUCUCCGCAGCAAUGGGAAUGGCCUCGUUUCAAAUUUAUGCCAUGAGUGAGGACAAAAUAGAAACCGUGCGGCUCUCCCCUAGAGAGUUGUCCAUCAAUGCUCUAGACCCUACUGCAACACACUACAUGGAUGAGCAGCCUGGAGAUCUGCAGAGUGGGCUGGGUGUGGUCCGAGUGGGGCUGGGGCCAUAUGUUAGAGCCGUUAAGAACGCUUAUACCUCUGUCAAGGUUGGAGCUGUAACAGUCUAUACUGCUGGACACGGUGAGGAGUGGGGGUGUUCUGUUGACAUAUCAGUAGGGCCACGUCUGAUGAUGUUGGGGGUUCCUCUGGGUAUGGUCACUGUUGGGAUGGCCGUGUGCUACCCCACUCAGACAGUGACUGUUGUAAAGAAGCAGCAAGCCCCACCAACUUCUAUCCCUGAGACAGAAAUACCUGAGGCAAAGCCCCUCCCUGAAGCUGGAUCAUCUGAACCAGUCAUGCCUGCUGUUGACGAGGCUCCUCCCUCUGAACCUGGGUCUGCUCCAGUCCCCAUAGAGGAGGGUGUUCCAUCCAAGGCUGAACCUGCCCCUCAGCCCACCACAGAGGUGGACCCUGCAGAGGGUUAUAAUUGACACUGAGCCUGCUGCAGCUGAGGCAGUGGUGUUGCAAGAGUCUGUUGAGACGGCCCUUGUGCCUUCUGUUGAGACGGCCCCUGUCGAGGAGCCUGCCCCUGCACCUCCUGCUGAAGAGAUUCCUCCACCUGCCCCUGUUGAGGAGGUUGCUGCCCCACCUACAGCUGAAGAGACGGCAUCUACACCUGUUGAGGAGGUUGCUGCCCCACCUACAGCUGAAGAGACGGCAUCUACACCUGUUGAGGAGGUUGCUGCCCCACCUACAGCUGAAGAGACGGCAUCUACACACAAAUCAAUGUGAAGAUAAUUUAGUCUAGGCGGUUGGCUUCAUCUUCUUUUAAUAUCAGAUAUUGACGUCGACUAUAAAGAAAUAAGCAAAUAUUUUGGGUAUUUCCAGGGAAACCCAAAUUUGCACCCGACCCCAAGCUAGUUGACCUGGGCCAGGUCAGCCCUGAGGAUGAAGACCUGUACAACAUGCGUGGAUGAAGAACGACAGGAGGAAAAGGAGAAGGUGGAGAGGAGCUUGCAGUUUACAAAGACACCCACAGAGAGCAGGGUGCAGGCCAUCAUCUGCAUCCACCACAACACAAGGUUUACUUACCAGCGCUUACACGGAGUGUACAAAACAUUUAAGAACACCCUUUGCCUUCAGAACAGCCUCAAUUUGUGGAGUCCACAAAUUAUGUUACUAACCAAACUGGACCAUUACACUUAAUAUAUAUAUAUAUAUAUUUUACUUGGGUCACGGCUAUGCUGUCACUUUCUUUGUCAGCCACAUUCACGUGGUGAAUGCCUGUUAUUAGUCCGGUCAGUCUAUGCAAAUAUUUUCCAUGUGGCAUUUCGUAAACGAGUGAGCCGUUUUAACACACAUCCAUGUUUUUAUAGCAUUUGUAAGACUUUAUAGAACUACUGAGUUGAAUCUUUUUGUAAAACCCCAAUGUUUAUGGAUUUGUGCAGCUCUUGCACAAGUUAGACACUCACAAAUAAGCCCACAUAGAGGAACCUGGAAGUUAUGUUACAUUAUGAACUGGCCAGUUUGAUAUGCGUGUUUGGAUCAUUGGAAUAAUGUCCUUGUACUUGAUGUCAGUUAGUAUUUUCAAAAGGAAAUGUUUCAAACAUAUUUGUUUGUAUUUUAAUAGAACUGUCAACAUAUUUAAACUUUUUUAAAUAUAUAUAUUAGGCUAUUUUACAGUACAGUCAAGAGGACAUAUUUUACAUGUUUUAUCACUCCCUCUUUUCCUUUUUUAUAAAUGAAAAUCACUUCACGAAUCGACUGCCUUCAAUUUGAAAUCACCCCCCAGCCCUGAUCUUCACAAUGAUAAUCAUGUUUCAGAUGUGUGUUCUUUGGCACAAUAGAAUUGCCAAAUAGGGAAUAAAGGCAUUUUCCUUCAUUCUCCUUUUUUUGUAAUUUUAAUCAGAGCAGAGAAAAAGUGCAAAUGGUAAAUAAAGUAUUGUGAUAGUUAUGCAAAUUAA